AUGGGAAAAGGGAAGCAACUGAGCACAGAAGAGCAAGCUGUAAUUGUGGCAUUAUCAAAAGAAGGCAAAUCGAUUUAUGCCAUUUCCAAGCAAACGAAAAGAUCGAGAGAUGUUAUAUCUAAACUUUUAUCGUCCCCAGCGCAGUAUGGGAAGAGAUAUGGUAACGCUGGUAAUGCUAAAAUCAGUGAGCACACUCGACGUCAUAUGUUAAGAGAAGCAUCAGAGGGAGAGUCAUCCGCUUCUGACAUAAAAAGAGCGCUACAGCUCCCAAUCAAGGCCCGAAGCGUACGUCAAAUACGUGCCUCUUCCAGUAAUUUAAAGUAUAUUAAGCAAGAAUGCGUUCCGCCUCUGACUAAACACCCUUUAGAGGACAGACUAAGCUUUGCCCGAAUUAGGUAUGCCUGGAAUCCAGGCCAGUGGGGCAAAGUUGUGUUCUCGGACGAAAAAAAGUUUAAUCUCGACGGUCCCGAUGGCUUUGCUUAUCAGUGGCAUGACAUCCGUCAAGAAAAGCAGAUAUUUUAG